UGAUGGCUGGCUGUGAUCAACUGAGAUUUUUUUUUUUUUUAACUUUUUCACUUUUCUGAACAUAAAUAUAUUAUAAGCAAGAAGCCAUCAAUUCAGACUUUUCUAUCAGUUUGCAAAGUAUUAAGGAAUCAGAACAGAAUUCUGUAUGCUGUAAGUUUCUUAGCUGCUGCCACAUGUAAAUCCCAAGUCAACACCUUCUCAAGCUGCAAUAUUUUAACUUUGUAAGCACAACACUUAUGGUGGAGAUAAUCGCCAGCUUCGGUUGGCCUUGACUUAAAAAAAUACUUUGUUGGUGUAUUAUGUAUGUGACAUGUAAGAGAGAUCCAGAUUCAUAACUUAUUGAUCAUCACAAUUUCCUUCCCUCAACAAGGACGGUUUUGACCUGUAAUCCAUUUAGAACUUAUAUAAGUAGAACCUGCUGUACUCACUUUACAUGUUCAAGAAGGCAUUGCAUUUGCACCUUCCCGCACUUGUUGUCUAAGUUCCUCUUUCCAUUGGCUUCCUCUUUCAGUUUGUUGUGGUGAAUUUGCUUUAAUGCCUUCGACGGUUCAUUCAAUGGACGGAGAACAUGAAACAAAAGAUAUGGAUAUUCGGAGCUUGUCAUCCUCUCAUCGUCAGCCUCAAAACACAAUGCACAAAGUUGGAGUUCCCCCUAAGCAAAACAUCUUGAAAGAAUUCAAAGCCACUUUUAAAGAGACAUUCUUUUCAGAUGAUCCUCUGCGUCCCUUCAAGGAUCAACCACGAUCUAAAAAGUUCAUCCUAGGCAUCCAAGCCAUCUUCCCCAUACUUGAGUGGGGAAGAAGUUAUGAUUUAAAAAAAUUCCGAGGGGACCUCAUUGCUGGACUAACAAUCGCUAGUCUUUGCAUUCCCCAGGACAUUGGAUAUGCAAAACUUGCAAACUUGAGUCCUGAAUAUGGAUUGUACUCUAGCUUUGUUCCACCAUUAAUAUAUGCUUCCAUGGGAAGUUCUAGAGAUAUAGCUAUAGGACCAGUGGCUGUGGUGUCUCUCUUGUUGGGGACUCUGCUUCAGAAUGAACUUGAUCCCAAAACGAAUGCAGAAGAAUACCUGAGGCUAGCAUUCACGGCUACAUUUUUUGCAGGAAUCACCCAAGCAGCGCUUGGAUUUUUAAGGUUGGGGUUUCUGAUCGACUUCCUAUCGCAUGCUGCUAUUGUUGGUUUUAUGGGUGGAGCUGCCAUCACAAUUGCCCUCCAGCAGCUUAAGGGUCUUCUCGGAAUUAAAGAUUUUACAAAGAAAACGGAUUUAGUUUCUGUAAUGCAAUCAGUAUUCGGUUCAAUCCAUCACGGCUGGAACUGGCAGACUAUAGUUAUUGGUGUGAGCUUUCUAGCUUUCCUACUUUCAGCUAAGUACAUUGGAAAAAAGAACAAAAAAUUCUUCUGGGUGCCAGCGAUUGCACCAUUGAUAUCGGUUAUUCUGUCAACCUUUUUUGUGUAUAUAACACGCGCUGAUAAAGAAGGGGUUCAAAUUGUGAAACACAUAAAGAAAGGAAUUAAUCCCGCCUCUGUGAAUCAAAUAUAUUUCAGUGGUCCAUAUCUUCUAAAAGGUAUCAGGAUUGGUGUUGUGGCUGGGAUGAUAGCCUUAACGGAAGCUUCAGCAAUUGGAAGAACAUUUGCUGCCAUGAAAGACUAUCAAAUAGAUGGAAACAAGGAAAUGGUGGCACUAGGAACAAUGAAUAUUGUUGGUUCAAUGACUUCUUGCUAUGUGGCAACAGGUUCAUUUUCCCGGUCAGCUGUAAAUUACAUGGCCGGCUGCCAAACUGCAGUCUCCAACAUUGUCAUGUCUUGUAUUGUGUUUCUUACCUUGCUUUUCAUCACACCUCUUUUCAAGUACACACCAAGUGCUAUUCUUGCUGCCAUUAUUAUAUCAGCUGUGCUUGGCCUAAUUGACAUUGAGGCUACAAUUUUGAUAUGGAAGAUAGAUAAAUUUGAUUUUAUUGCUUGCAUGGGAGCAUUCUUUGGUGUAGUUUUUUCGUCAGUGGAGAUAGGCCUCUUGAUUGCGGUUUCAAUAUCCUUCGCCAAGAUUCUCCUACAAGUUACUAGGCCGAGGACUGCAAUUCUAGGAAAGUUACCUGGGACAACUGUGUACAGAAACAUUCAACAAUACCCAGGUGCCACCAAGGUUCCUGGUGUUUUGAUUGUGAGAGUUGAUUCAGCAAUCUACUUUUCAAACUCCAAUUACAUUAGAGAGAGGAUAUUGAGAUGGUUGAUAGAUGAGGAAGAACAAUUAAAAGAAUCAUAUCAACCAAAAUUUCAGUUUUUGAUAGUGGAUAUGUCACCUGUUACUGACAUUGACACCAGUGGCAUCCAUGCCUUAGAAGAACUAUACAAGAGCCUCCAAAAGAAAGAAAUUCAGCUUAUUCUAGCAAACCCUGGACCUGUGGUGAUUGACAAGCUCCACGCCUCCAGUUUUGCCCAUAUGAUUGGCGAGGAUAAACUCUUCCUAACAGUAGCGGAUGCAGUAUCAUCAUGUUCACCAAAACUGGCAGCAGAAGUGGUAUGAGAAAAGAUUUGGAAUUAAAUUUGGUGUUUCUGCAGUGUGGCAAAGUAAGGGAAAGGAGCUAAUGGUUUACAGUAAGGGUUUUCCUUAAAUAUGUAUAUAGGAUUAAGUGUACAUCCUACUCCCACCCAAAAACAAAAUACACAGGAAAAAAGAUUCCACUAAGAAAAUAAGGUUCAAAAGGAAAAGAAAAGGAGAAAGAAAAUAAUGCAAGUGGAGUGAGUGACUCUUAUCCCAUUUCUGUGUAAUCCCUUCCAUUUUGCAAGGAAAAAUUCGUGUUUUGUA